AUGCAGAAGAUGACUAUAUUUGCUUUGUCCAGUCACAACUUCUUGCCUGGUGCUAGCACCGACAGGGCGCCAUCUUUCGCUGGCAUUCGGCCUCCCUCUUCCCUAGCUGCUAGAACCUCGACGCAGCAGCCGCAGCGGCAGCUGGCACGCAUGUCGACACGUUCACAGAGCCGCCAAGGGCAGCGCACCAAAGAGAAUGACUCGGUAACUCCUACCGAGUCCGCUAGCCGUGGUUAG